GUUAUUUGAAUUCUUAUUCUAGUAUAAAUUGGACAUGUUGCGUUCAUUUCUCCGAUGAAUCGUGGCUUUCAUGUAUCACCUUCUCUCUGAUGCCAGUCACCACCCCUUUGUCAAAGUGCGAACAACUGAGGGUCUCAGAGGUGCAUAUAAGGACGGGCCGCUGUCAAAGCAGAAUCAUCUCAGCCCGAGAACAGCAGCAAAGACUCCGAAUCUCUCCAGCACCUUCACGUGGAAGAUGUCUUCAAUCCGUGCCGCGUGCCUCCUUUGCGCAGCACUUUUCGCAAUGGUGAAGGGUUUCACCCACGAAGACAUGAAAGACGCUCUGCUGAAGAAACUGGGACUUAGUGAAGUUCCGAAAAUUCACAAGCGGGAUCUGGAGAACCUUGUGAUUCCAAGGCACAUCAAGAACAAAUAUGUUUCCAUGCUGAAACUGCACCACGCAAGAAAACGCCGCUCGCUUCCGAGUUUAGCCGGCAUACUGAGGGGAAUCCCUGGAAAUGCAGACAUCUCUGGUGAGUUUGUAUAUUCUGACACGACACGUCAACGCGUGAUGUUUGAGAUGACAUCAAGGAUUCCGGAGAACAGUGAAGUGACCAUGGCAGAACUAAAACUGUUCAAGAAAGCCCCACACAAGCGCUCCAUACCAGAGAGAAAGGGCCACAGAGCCGUCAACAACGCCCGGGUGAGCAUCUACUGGGUGGAACCUCUGAAAGACGGGUCAAACCGAACUUCACUAGUGGAUUCCAGGUUGAUUCCCAUUCACGAAACCGGCUGGAAGAGCUUUGAUGUCACCCAGGCGGUGCACUAUUGGUCGAAGAGCCGAAUGGAGAUGCCCAUGCACCUGGAGGUGUGGAUCGAGGGCGAGAGACCCGGCAGUUACGCGGCAGAAAUGGCCAAAUGUGUCCGUUUCACAACUCAAGAUCCAAACGAUAACACUCUUGGAAAACCUGAGCUUGUUCUUUACACCCUCAACCUCGAGGAGUUUGGGUCUAGUGGAGACUGUGAAACCAACAAAGACAGUGAAAUGUGCUGCAGGGAAAAAUACUUCAUCAAUUUCCGAGCCUUGACUUGGACCCAGUACUGGAUCAUCGAACCAUCCGGGUAUCAGGCGUUCCGGUGUAACGGCGGCUGCCGGCAGCCCAAGCGCAACUACGGUUACGGAGAGAGGAAGUGCGCGGUUGUGGAAAGCGCGCCGCUACCGAUGAUGUAUUUAGUGAAAAAGGGAGAUUAUACUGAAAUUGAGGUCGCGGAGUUCCCAAAUAUGAUUGUAGAAAAGUGUGGAUGCGCAAUGGAUAAUAUUUCAGUUGUAUAAAUAUGCUAUUUGCCAUCAACCACGUGACGCAACGUACUUAAAAGCUAAAGUUAUAAGGCUAAGAAAGGGUGUUGGCAACUUAACCCUUAUUGAGAUACCUCAAGCACUUUGUAUAAAUUUGUAAAUAUUGCUAAAUUGAUAUGCAUAUAUUUUUGCAUUUGUAUAUGAUGCCAUAUGAAGUGACAGACUGAUUUGUAGAUGUUAUAUUUUGAGCAGUAAAUAGAAUGGUUUGUUGUAUACGUUAACAUGUUGACUGAAUAUAAAGGAAACUAUUUUUCACUGAAGUGAUUUUACUUGGUUCUGUUGAACACAAAAGACAUUUUGAAGAAUGUUGCUACCCAGAAAAGUGCUGGUAGCCAUUGACUUUCAUUGUGUGGAGAAAAAGAAAAAAAAAUGCUGUCGAAGUCAAUGGGGACCAGCAGUGUUUGGCAAAGAUUUUCAAACUAUUCCUUUAAAUAAUUACUAUACAGUUAUAGUUAUAACUACUAAGUGAUACUAAUGGAAUGUUUGUAUUUAGGGAAGAAUUCUGGGAGGAAACACAAUGAUUUAUCUCAGAGGUUUAUUACAUUAUUUAAUGACAUUUCCUUACAUCGUGAAACACUUUGAACAUUCAUCAUUAAAAAUAAAAGCCAAAAUACAAACAUCAUAAACCAUACCACCUGCCAUCUCUCAAGAACACAUAAUGCCAUAAUUUUAGUACAAUUUAUUAAAGAAAUGUUUCAUCCUCAAAAUAGCGUAUCUUGCACAAGCAACGUCUGUGUAGUAAAACAAUAGUCACAAAUCUCUCAUGCCAUGCUAUCCAAUUAAAAAUCACUUAUUCUAUUAAAGGACAGGGUCAUUAUCUCAUCCCACAGGAAAUCAUUUACAGAAAAAAAACAUUUCCUGACUUAAGUUACUUCUACUUCAAUUUAAAUGGUAUACAGUUCAACAAAAUAUUCCACUUAAACUAUUACAUCAUGAUAAAAUACACCAAUUUUAAGUCAAAAAUAGCUGCCCUUUUUACUUUGGCCAUUUGGCACUUUAUAAGAAAUAUAUUCGUUCAAACAAAUCAAGGGCCUGGCUUGAUGAAAAUCAGGAUGUCUCGCUGAUGGGAUCAUGGGGUAUGUGUGAUAUUGUUGCUGUCUGAAUGAUGAGGUUAUGUAAAUUGAGAAAAUCCAUACCAGAGUUAGUGAAUCCAAUAUGAAAUUCUGCUAUUUCCCCAAAGCUCACUCCAUGUAACAUUAAUAAUGCAUUUGAGAAUUUAACAUAUAAAAGAACUUGCUUAUUUGCUGGCUGUUAGAUCUAAAAUGGUUUUCAAGGCCACCAUUUGACAAAUGAAUCCCAAAGGAAACUUUUUGGGACAUUUCCUGCAGUAAAAUGGUCUAAAUAUUGUUCUAUAAUGUAAUUUUAACGUACACCAGAUACAGGUUAUUUGCAUUCUUACACAGAUUAAUAUAGCAGUCACUCGGUUAAAACAAUACUAUUUGCAUUAAAUAUUUUGCAAAGCAUUUAAAAAAAAAAAAAAAAAAAAAAAAAAGCAUUGCCACAAAAAGUUACUCGGGAUAAACAC